UCAUUCCCACCGCGGACUCCACUGUUUUGUUUCUGUAGUGGUGGCUGACCUCCAUUCCCGAACGGACCAAUCGCGUGGAAGCAGGUUACGCUCGCACAUGCGCAGGAGCAGCAGAGUAAUUUGUUGAUACCCUGCCUGGUAGUAUUUAUAUAGUUGUUGCUAUUUCAAAGGCUGAAAUCACCCCUCGCGUGGGGAGUUGCACCAGCACGCGAGCACAGUGAACUAGCAGCUUCUCUAUAUGAAGGGCUGAUGGAAGACGCACGGGAUCUGGCUGAACGCACCCCACGUUCAGAGCGUAAGCGGAGAGACUCGUUCGGGAUGUUUGAUGGCUAUGACAGCUGCAGUGAAGAGUCCACCAGCAGCUCCAGUUCCGAGGACAGUGAGGAUGAGGUGGUACCUUCCAUCCCUGUCAGCCUGCCCAUCAUCAAGAACAAUGGUCAAGUCUACACUUACCCCGAUGGCAAGGCUGGAAUGGCCACUUGUGAGAUGUGUGGGAUGGUCGGAGUACGAGAUGCUUUUUACUCCAAAACCAAGCGCUUCUGCAGUGUGUCGUGUUCGAGGAGUUAUUCCUCUAAUUCCAAAAAAGCUAGCAUCUUGGCUCGACUACAGGGCAAACCACCAACGAAAAAGGCAAAAGUCUUACAGAAACAGCCUCUCAUGGCAAAAUUGGCAGCUUACGCCCAGUACCAAGCCAGUCAACAGAACCAGGCGAAACCAAAAGCAGUGGUCCCAGCAGAGAUUUUUGACUGGGGUCGGUACAUCUGUAGCAAUAACACAGUCGGAGCUCCAGUCAGCUGUUUCAAGCAUGCCCCUAUGGGGACAUGCUGGGGAGACAUAGAAGAAGGUGUUAGGAUUGAAGUGCUCAACUCUGACACCAAUCUCUCCACCAAGGUAUACUGGAUAGCAGAAAUCAUUAAGCUAGCAGGGUUCAAGGCUCUCCUGCGCUAUGAGGGUUUUGACAACGACACCAGUAAGGACUUCUGGUGUAAUCUCUGUAUCCCUGAGGUUCACCCAGUGGGAUGGUGCGCCUCAAGUGGAAAACCCCUUGUACCGCCAAAAAGCAUACAGCAUAAAUAUUCUAACUGGAAAGCCUUUCUUGUAAAGCGUCUUACUGGAGCUAAAACACUGCCACCUGACUUUAAUACCAAGGUACAUGAGAACACGCAGUUCCCCUUUAAAAAGCUGAUGCGGGUGGAGGUGGUGGAUAAAAACUACCUGUGCCGGACGCGGGUGGCGCUGGUGGAGCAGGUCACUGGAGGUCGCCUCAGGCUGGUCUACGAAGAGAGCCAGGACGGCUCUGAUGACUUCUGGUGCCACAUGUACAGCCCCCUCAUCCAUCAUAUAGGCUGGUCGCGAAGCAUUGGACACCGCUUCAAACGAUCGGAUAUUGCAAAGAAAAUUGAGGGUCAAGUUGAUGCUCCUGCUCAGUUCUUCCAGAAGGUAAAAGAUGUGGACCAGAGUGGCGACUGGUUCAAAGAUGGGAUGAAGUUAGAAGCCAUUGACCCCCUCAAUCUCUCAGCUAUAUGUGUAGCCACUGUAAGAAAGGUUUUGGCAGACGGGUACCUCAUGAUCGGGAUUGACGGUUCGGAGGCCGUGGACGGAUCAGACUGGUUCUGUUACCAUGGCGCCUCCCCCUCCAUCUUUCCUGCCGGCUUCUGUGAAAUCAACAACAUUGAACUCACGCCCCCUAGAGGGUAUACUAAACUACCAUUUAAAUGGUUUGACUACCUCAGAGAAUCAGGAUCAAUAGCUGCUCCUGUCAAGCUUUUUAACAAGGAGGUUCCCAAUCAUGGUUUUCGACCAGGCAUGAAGCUAGAGGCUGUUGACCUGAUGGAGCCGCGGCUGGUGUGCGUUGCCACAGUGACGAGAAUAGUGCACCGGCUACUGAGGAUCCACUUUGACGGCUGGGAGGACGAGUAUGACCAGUGGGUGGACUGCAAGUCACCUGACCUCUACCCUGUGGGCUGGUGUCAGCUGACAGGCUACCAGCUCCAACCCCCUGCUUCUCAGAGUAACAGAGACAUGCCUCAGUCUGUGCCCAAGCAGAAGAAAAAGGCCCAGCAGUACAAAGGCCAAAAGAAAAAGAGGAAGAUUCCGGUUGGUCGACGGCCCUUCAGUCAGGCAGGCAGGAGGAGGAGCAGCUUCUCAGGGGACGAAGAGCAGAGUCCGCCCCCUUACCCUGCCCAGGGGCCAGCUCGGCCCCGGCCCCGAACCCACCUCCACCAAACCCACAAAUCAGAGUCUCUCCUGCGCAUGAAGGAGGAGGCAGCCGAGGUGGACGAGUUCACCUUCUCACAGGGCACAUCCGACCAGGAAAGCAACGGCUCGGGCAGCUACUACAUCAAACAGGAGCCCUGAGGUCACAUGGUCGGGACAGAGCGGGACAAACUGGGAACAGGACGGACGUCUGGAAAAACCUCAGCAGGAUCAGGAACAAGUCAAACUAGCCUCAAAUCACACUCGUAGACCAAUGCCAGCAGGCCUUCUAUGGAGUCAGUACAGGAGAUGAUAAAGAGCAGAAGACGGCUGGUCAUGCUUCUGAAAAGUCCUGAAAGAAUGUCCCGCUUAGACAGUCUUCUAACAUUGUAGCUGUGUGUGCAAGUAAUAUCCCAUGGAACCCGUUUCAGGGGUUGGAAAGCAACUGGGGGGGUCACAAAUAUUUGGGCAUUUUCUUUCGUGCCAGCGUUGGGUGCCGCAACAUCGACUUUCUCUCCUCUCCUGUCUGAAACGUCCAACCACGCGAGAUAUAUUUGGAUGGAUUCAAAAUCAGCCUUUUCUCCCACAGAGAUGGAGGGUCGACAUGCGCCCGUCCUGCCUUCGCCACAAUCUGGGCCACGCACAGAGACCUGUAGAAACUGUGAGAACCAUUUAUUGAGCCAGGUCUUUUGUUUAAUUUUUGUUUUUUUGUAUAUAAAUACACACACACACACACACACUUAUAGGACAGCACAUAUAUACAUAUACAUAUAAAUAUAUAUAAUUUGGUUGGGUUUGGUUGGUUUUCAGGUUUAUAAAAUGCAGUUGGUGAGCGUCACCCACUGAGCAGCCUGAGGAGAUAAGAAAAGAGAGGCUGGCAGAGACAGGAGCAGAGUUGUGUAUAUUUUGAUUAUUUUCAAAUUGCCAGGUGGACUUUAACUUCAUUGAAAGUACUUGAAGUUUUCUUUAUUUUGUCCUUUUUUUUUUUUGUAAUGAUGUGUGUCUUAAUGUUCCUAUUUUUGCAUUUACAUUUUUGGUGGUUGUGUGGGAAAUGUAACGUGCGUUGUUUCACAGAAGUGAUUAUAUUCAAAUAGUAUGUGAAGACCUAUUAAAAUAGAAUUAUAGAUCAAGGAUUGUGAUUGGAGGACAGAUCCCAGUACACCGCUGCUUAGCAUUACUGAUGUUGAAGAUUUCUGCAGCUACAUUUAUUUCCGAGUUCAAACAUUACAGAACCAAAGUCUGAUUCAAGAUACAUGAUAUUACUCAUAGCAGAGUUUGAGCUCACAGGUUUCAUCAAAUUCACCAAAACCAUUCAGAUAACGCAAAACUCAACCUAGGGCUUGUGACGAGCAUAUUGUCAUUAUGUAAUUUAUUUAUUUAUUCACAUUUUUUGAUGAAUCCUUUAGAAAACAAUGAAAAUGCUCUUCACUGUUUUCCUUCCUUUCUUAGAUCAGUCUCCAGAUGUUUUGUUUUCUGCCGCUAACCUUCCCAAAUCGUUCACACUGAGCCAUAUUCUUACAUUUGAAAAGUACAAACAAUGGCUUGUAUUGGCUUUUGAAAUAAUUUAUUUAAAAGUUUUGUUAUUGAAUUUUUUUGUUACUCCUAUUAAAUCUCAAUUUACAAAUUGUCACCAUUUAUAACACCCGCAUAAAAGCCACACCCGGAACCCUUAGGAGGGUUAAUUUUUUUUAUAUUAAUUACAUUGCAUUGCAAGUUUGACGGAAAGUUAAAUAACAUAUCUUAUGCAGUUAUUGCAGACACUCAUUCUUACCAUUGUUUCUUAUAAGUUAGGUAUUGAAUACAGAAAUCCUCCUUCACAUUCCACUUCUCUUUCAUUAAAUCUGUACAGUCUGUAGAUGUUGUUAUUCCUAAGCUACACAAAGUGGGUAUUGUGGGGAAAAUCUGUUAUUUUUGUAUUACUACAUUUUUGAGCAACUGUAAAUCAUCUGUAAACACAACUUCACACAACCUCUCCUUCUCCGUGCAGCUGCUAAACCUGCCUGUUUGUUACAGUAGAUCACAAGAGGCAACAUAAGCUAAAUCAAGCAAAAAAUGAUCUCAUCAUGUUCUGUGAUGUCAAGCAGCUUUGAGGAGCUUCAGGGACUUAUCACAGUAAAUCCCACAAUACCACUGACUGUGGGUUCGUGACUGCUUGUAGCAAGAAUUCAGCCGUGCUAAUGAGCCUGGGCUUCUUCCUCUAUAUUCUUUACAAAACUCAAAUCUAGCAUAAAUGUAUCAUUUAUCAUUUUUGAAUAAUUCAGGGUCUUUGUGCUGUAAUGUUGAACAGAAAUGAUGAAGCUGUGGAGAUGAAAAGCUUUUUCCAUUUAAACAAACAAAAAAAAAACUAAGUCACCGUGGUUUAGAAGAAAGAAUAAAUGAGAAACAACUUAGCGUAGUGUGACUGUCAGUGAACAGCAGGGUAUGUUGUCUAAAAGAGAAACCUUACUGGUAUGAUGAGGGUCAUUCUCACUGCCCAACCCGACAAUGUGUACUUUGACCUUCACAGUUUUUGAUAUCGCUGCUGUUAGAGGCCGACCAUUGUUGGCCUCGUGUGUCAGCCAGACUGUGCAGCAUAUUACAGUGUAGUGUUGUGGUGGUUCAUCUUCUCUUACUGUCACAGGUUGCACUACACCAGUGAUUCAUAUUGGAGAUGCACCUGUUUUCUGUUGUGUUCUGGACCAUUUCUGCUGUGUGUUACCCUGUCUGUCUGGAACUCCUUGUGCUUAUGGAGUCUCGGGUGUGCCACCGGAAUAAUUCUAAACUUAUCCACUGUUUAAUUGUAAUCAUUUAACACAUUACUAAAUAAAAACAUAUGGAUAUAUAAUUUUAAUACGUAUUUAGAUAGAUAGAUAGAAAACCUUAAACAAUUCAAAUGUAAAAUGGGACAUUAUCUAACGUUAAUUUUGAUUAAUAAUAAAAAAAAAUAUUUAAAUGCUGAACCCACAAAGAGGCAACUGGAGCUCCAAUUAGCCAGUUAGCAUGUGACACUGGCCAAUUACAUGGACCCUUUGCCUCAGUGUGGGUUGAACUGUGUGAUAUUUAGAUAAAAUAUUAUAUUACAUGAGUUAAGUUCUAAUAAAUAAAUGGAUAUAAUGGGGAGAGAAAUGCAAAAAAUAUUUUAAAAUGUAUUUAUUUACAAUUAAAUAGAAGUAUUAAUUAGUAGAUGUAAUUAGUUUAUCCCACUUUGAGUUUUUUUGCAUUAUUUAAAUGUAAAUUCGUUUAAUAGCUUUGUAACUUUUCUGAACAUUAGUGAAAUAUGAUUAAACACUCAAAUAUGGCACACUCGAGGCUCCAUACUUACGCGUUUGUAGCAUCAAACUUUGCUUUCUGUCAGAGAAUAUGAAGUUGGGCUGUUAUGUUCAGAGAACAACAGGAAAAUCUGCCUCACUUCAACAGUCAACAUCAUCGAGCAAUUUUGUCCAUAUACGAAAAAAGAAUAUGUAGAAUAUUUCAUUAGCGUAAUAUGCAAAACAUGAGGGUUAUUUUGUAUCGCUGCGGUUGUCAUGUCAGAGCCUAAUGUAUGCAAGCUAGUUUAUGAUUCACCUGAGCCACAGAAUAACAGGUUUGACUUUAAUGGAACAUGAACGAUGAUGCGCUGCUUUUCCAACAGUCUCUGAAGGCAGCAUUCACUUAAAACAAGAGCUGGCAAAAAAAAAUUAGAUUAUCUAUAUAUAUAUCAAUAUAUGUAUGUAUAUGCUCGACUAUGAUGGUAUGGAGUAACAAAUCCUGAAUAGUCAGUAAUUAUCGCUUGGCCGUGGAAAUGACGAGACUCCUCUCUUUCAUUCUUCUUAGAGCUAGACUUCUGCAGCUGUUUAUCUACUACCUCCUGAUGCUAGCCACAUUUAGCUAAAAGUGUGUGAAAUAUGUGUUAGCAUAUGCAAAUGAAAAAUGAUUACCUAAAACUAUCCACUUGAAGACUAGACACCAAACAAGGAAGAAACUUUUUAUCAUAGCACAUGAGGUAGUCUUCUAAUUUGAAUGAUAUGCAAUAGCGAUAGAUCCAAUAUUAUUUUGCUAUGUUGAAUAAAAAACGUAUAGCACCCACAAAUGUUAUGAUCACUACAUUAAUAUAAUUAACAGAUGAGAUAAUUUAACAAAAUGGUAUUAUAUAGCUGUGGUUUUUGUGAGCAAAGGUGCAUACACAGAAAAGUGACUGUAUGGCCAAGGUGGUAAUGACAUGAAGAGCAGAUCUAAACUUUUUCACUGAAACGAUCCAUAAUUUCUCUUUCUACCGGUAAGGUUCAUAAUUCAGUUCUCAGGAAGUUGUUAUUUCGUUUCUGUGUUGUAAAUGUUGUAGCAAGUCUGAAUCAGCUCAAUGGUCUUCUCAUAAUGUGCAUCUGUUGUGUGGAAGCAAACAAGAGCCAGAAUCACCACAAUGUUGAAAGCAACGGAAAAUUGUGGAGUUCAACCACAACUUGAUUCUUAAUGUUUGAAAUGUAGUCACCACUGAAUUUCUAGCAUUGAAAUAUUUUACUGUAAUAACCAGGGGACUGAACUUUUGUGAAAUUUCUACCAGACUAUUAAAAAAAAUUUGUUUCAUUGAAUGUUUUAGGAUUCAGAUAGAAAAUGUGUGUUCAGUUUUUUAAAACUCAUGUUUUGAAUUUUAAAUUUUGUGCCCACAAGUGAUCAUCUUGAUCAAGAUGAUUGCAAAAAUUGGCACUUCAGGGACACCCUACAGUUGAAUUUGUGUAACUUUAAAAUAGUUUUCCUGACAGUUUGUAUUUGAAUUUGUGAGAAAACUUUUCAAAACCUAUUUUCAUAGAAGUUCAAAUCGAUGAAAUAUUUGAAGAAUACAAAUUCAGUGGCAUUUCAAAUUGAAGUGCUAAGUAAUGGUUAAAUUUCACAAUAAGGUGUUAAGUUGCGUAAAAAAGAUUCUAUUUAUCAAGGUGCUUGUUUGUUUCUGUGCCGUUCAAACAACAAAGGUCUUAUCUCACUUUCCAUUUCACGUGUUCAUGAUAAAUUCUCCAUUUGUGUGACGACAAAAAAAAAACACGGAUGCUGUUUGCCUUUUGGUUUAAUCUGCUUUUUGUAGCUUGUUUUCCUCUAAUUUCCUAACAGAAUAUGAAAUUUAUUUCUACUAAUUUCUUCUUAAUUUGUCUCCUGAUCUGAUUGAAUACAAAGCUCGGCUGAAACGCUGAGCUCCUAAGACCAAAUGAGCAAUAAAAGACAUUUUACUCACAAUCAUUAGGAGGAGGUUAGCUUAAAGCUAGGAUCUGGAGUUACUUAUAACUGAUGUCAGAGGGCAGAAGGAAACAUUAAAGUACUUCAUGACAAAACUGCAUUAAUAGCUUAGAUAAAUAAAUAAAAAAACGACUGUUGUAUGGACUAACUGCUGCUACCCUUCCCCAGACUCUCCCUAAAUAAUCAAAUGCACAAUCAGCACCAUUUUGGAUCUUCUGUUUCUCACUUUCCCUUGUAGAUAUUCUUGUUUCCCCAUUGAUCCCCAAAUCUAUCAGUGGAACAUGUUUGACCUUUAUCCACGGGUACCUGUGUAUUUAAGGUGUUUGCUCAUCAGUAGCUGGACAUGGAAGCAAUUGUGGAUCCUUUUUUGUAUGUGGAAUUGGGUGCACUGAUCAACUGAAUGCAUGUAGAACAGAGCUCAUUGUGCUGAACUUGUUAUUUUGUCGUGACCAUUUAUUUGUUGGACUUGAGUUUGUCUCCUUGUUUCCUCUUCCGCUGUAAACAAGAAGCUCUGGAAGCCUUUUACCACCAAGAGAGGGAAGGUCAAGAUUGUGAGAUACAAAAGUCAAAAUUGAACUCACAAAAGCAAAAUUAUUGUAGUUAAUCAAAAUAUUUAUUGUAAUGAUUUUGACUUAAUAUUGCAUAUUAACAUAAUUUUGACCUAUAUCAUAAUUUUGGCUUAAAUUAAAAGCGAUUAUUGUUCAAAUUUUGACCAGCUAUCACUACAAUCAUUUUGGCUUGUUAUCUCUUAAUUCUGGGUUAUUAAGUCAAGACAUUGACGUAUGUUAAAGUUUUGGCUUUAAUUUGGUUUUCUCGUGAUCUGAAAAAGUUUGAAUCACUAUAAUAAUUUUGGUUCAAUUACACCAGAUUUGAACGCAUCCCAUAGAUGACUUAAAUUUUAAUUUACGAUGCCCUUACUUUGAAUUACCAUGAAUAAUCUUAUUUUUACCCACCAUUCAAUUGAAUCCCCUCCCCCUGGUGGUGAUAGGCUUCCAUCAGCAGGACUCAGUUGUAGUCGCAGGGUUGCGGCUCUGUCGGAUGGGGGCAGUGAUGAGGAGCAAACUGAAGUUAAUAUUAGUUUUUUCUUGGAUACUAACACGGGUCUUUUGUAUGUGAUGGUCCCCCUCUAAUUAUAUUAAACCAUUAUAUUGUGGUGCUAUAUAUAUUUGAUAAAAACGACUUAAUGUAUUGGGAUUACUAUUGUCUGAAAAUACUUGUGAAUUGAGAGGGUUAUGGUGCAAAAUUUAUUUUGGAUACAAAUGAAAAAUAAUCUAUGUUAAUAGUUAUAAAUCUAUUGAUAUUAACACUGACCCUUGAGGUACAUUAGAUUGCAGUUUAAAGUUUGUACAUCUUUUUGAUAGUGUGUACUAGUUUCCUUUCAUAUGGUAAUAUUUGUGCUGUGAUCAAGCUUUGAUAGACUUUGUAAAUAAAGCCAAAUGUUUGGAUCAUAGUAUUGGUUGUAAUGGAUGGCUUCUUUGUUUACAAGCGUUGCAAACAGUUUCCGCAUGGCUGUGAAAGUUUAUCUGGUGAUUUUUGUAAGAUCUGACUUUUACACUGAAUAAAAAAGGCUUAUGACUACAAA